AUGCCAUCAAGGAAGAAACCCUCGUUAACGAAUCAUGGUCCUGAAGAUCUCUCUUUACUAUCCCUUGCAGAAGUACGAGCGAGAAUAGAACGUAAUUCUCACGUCCUAGGUCUUUCUCUAUUUUCCCCUACUUCCCCUACUUCACCCAUAUCAAUCCCUUCCUCCCGAAUCUCGCACCCAACAUUCACAACACCUGGAAGACCUCUCUCAGUAUCUCCUAAUCGACAUGAUCUCAUCAAUCAAAAUGGCCUCAAUGACCUUAAUCAACAUCGAGUCGAUGGACAGGAUUCUGUUGAAGAGAGAAGAAUGAAUGAAGUAGAUCCAGUGAGGGAAAAAUUACUCGUUGCUAGGAAAACAUUGUUGGAAAGAGAACAAGAACUUUUGUUACAAAUAGCCAAUGAAGGAGUCGAGAAAUUGGAUAUGAAUGAUGCUGGACCUUCUCGACCUAAGAAGAGUGGUCAACAAAUAGUUUUGGAAGAGAUUAGACAAAAAGAUAAGAAUUUACCAGAAGGAGGUGUUUUAUUACCACUGGACGAAAGUUUUCAACUAGCUCAACGUGAUUCAGACGAAGCCACAGCCCGACGUCUUGCCUCCAUCUCUUUGUCUUCUCCCACGUCCGUCUCCGCCCCUUCUACCUCCGACUCUCGUUCUCGAGCAACGCCCAAUAACCCUGGGCCGGGGAUAAUGUUAACCCCCAAUUCCAAACAUGAACCAACACCCAAUACUCAAAGAGGAGGAAGGUUGAUUGAUGAUUAUACUCGUGCUCAAGCUCAAGCUCGUAUGAGGACGUUCAUGUCACAUAAACCUGACGAUGAGGAUAUGUUCGGAUACGAAGAAGAUCUUGAUGCUGUUGGACAAUCUGGAAGAGGAGAGAGAGCUUAUAGAGCUCCAGGGACUGGAGAAGAGGUUGAUGAAUUAGGUGAGGAUGAUGAAGUUUGGUCAGAGGGUAAUGAGGAUUAUUUAGGUGGAUAA